AUGCGAAUUGCUAGGGAGGAGAAGCUCGAUCAACGACUUCGUGAUCAGUCAAAACUAGCCCACGAUCAGAUCCGAGAGAUUACCCACAAACUCAGGCCAUUACACCGGGGGAAAAGUACCGGUUUUACGAAAUUACAGGCAAAGAUUCGAUGGCAUUUCACGAAAGAUGACCUUCAAUUUCCGAUGGCUACAUUAGGUAGCGUGAAGUCCAGCCUCAAUCUGUUGACAACACUCUCAUUACUCGACUCUGCUGUUGCCAGCUUUUCCCGGGUUCCAAGUUCGGAUCAUGCAGGAAGAGUUCAAGCUCUUGAGAAGAUAACGGCUUUGAAAAAGCAAGCUCGCCGAACAGAAAGACAGUUCAGCGACUCGAUGAAGGUACUUCACGAGCAAGGUCGUCUUGACGGACAAACACACAGUGCGGGAAAUACCCGAGUGAUAACUAUCAUUAUCAAGGAAAUUGAAAAGGGCACCAUCAACGAUGCGCGAGACUUGGUUAAGAGAUUUUCCAACCAGUCUCAAGUAGUAGCACAUCCAACAGAUCCAGAUGCUUCCUCGCAUUUGACUUCUGAGGAUGACAUGUACUCACAACUCCCUACUUUCGUCAUCAGAACCAGUUCCCCCCGGUACCCAGGCCCCGAAGCUCAGAUAAGACGAAAGCCAAAGGGUUCUCCUCUUCGUUCUCGAAGCUUCACCCGCGACAGCCUGCGUACCCCCUCCAAAGAGCCGAGGCCAAUUAGCAGUGGGUCGGAGCUUUGGAGGGAAGCUCGCGAUCACAGCCCAGCCUCUUCUCAUCAUAGCGCCCGGGUUACAGUUGAGCCUGAGGUCGAGCUGCCUGUUUCCCACGCCUUUGAUGAUACAGUCACGGGCACUCCACAUUCCCCUAGAAAAUCUCGAAGCAUGUACCAAGCCAUGCCUCCUUUCAAUGACUCCGACCUGCGGGAGAGAGAGACCCGAAACCGCCGACGUCAAAGCCAUUCCCGGAGUCAAAAGAAAGAAUGA